AUGACCAAGGAAUGUAGUGCAAUUAUCCAAAGAAAUUUUCCAACAAAAAAGAAAGAUCCAGGGAGUUUUCAAAUUCCCUGUACCAUUGGCAAUACCACCUUUGAAAGAGCAUUGUGUGAUUUGGGGGCAAGCAUUAAUUUGAUGCCUUUAUCUGUGAUGAAGAGGUUGCAAAUUCAAGAGUUAAAGCCCACAAAAAUAGCUCUACAACUUGCAGACAAAUCCAUGAAGCUUGCACAUGGAAUAGUUGAAAAUGUCUUUAUCAAAAUGGAAAAAUUCUUCCUCCCAGUGGACUUUGUUAUUCUUGACAUAGAGGAAGAUGAGCAUGCCUCAAUCAUCCUUGGGAGACAUUUCCUAGACACUGGAAGAACCUUUGUUGAUAUUGAAAAGGGUGAAUUAAUGUUGAUAGUGCAUAAUGAGCAUCAAGUGUUUCAUAUUUUCAAGACCAUGCAUCAUUCAAGUGAUCAAGAGAAUUACAAGAAGGUUGAGGCAAGGGACCUAAAUUUAAAGGAAUUACCAAAUAAAUCACUCCCAGAAGUACAACAAGUUGACAGAGAAGGUGCAACAAGUUGA